UUCCCCGGCUGGCGAGGCGUGGAGGGAGGGCAGUGAUCACGCAAGCUCGAGCCGCGGCUGACGUGGGCCGAGUCGCCAGGUAGCGGGGCGCAGCGGCCAGGCGGCGGAGACACUCCCGCGCUGCCAGCCGGCUCUGCGCGCCCAGGCUCGCGGAGCCGCGGCGGCCCGCGGCCCCCUUCGCCAGCGGCACCCCCUCUCCUGCAGCCAGUCCCGCCCAGCCAGCAGCAGGAUGCGUGCGGCGUCGCGCCCGGGGCUCUGAAGCAGCCUCGGACUCCGCGGCUUUCCUUUCUUUUGGGGCUUUUUGGCUGUUGGCUACACUGAUGUGACCCCCUCUCUCUAUUUUGGAAUGAUGGGGAUCUUUUUGGCGUAUGUUGGAUUUGUCUUCUUUUCUGUUUUAUACGUGCAGCAAGGGCUUUCUUCUCAAGCAAAAUUUACCGAGUUUCCACGCAACGUGACCGCGACCGAGGGGCAGAAUGUGGAGAUGUCGUGCGCCUUCCAGAGCGGCUCCGCCUCGGUGUACCUGGAGAUCCAGUGGUGGUUCCUGCGGGGCCCCGAGGACCUGGAGCCGGCGGCCGAGGUGGCCGGUGCGCAGGUGGAGCUCGUGCCCGAGCGAGACCCCGACAACGACGGGACGAAGAUCAGUACAGUGAAAGUCCAAGGCAAUGACAUCUCCCACAAGCUGCAGAUCUCCAAAGUAAGGAAAAAGGAUGAAGGCUUAUACGAGUGCAGGGUGACCGACGCCAAUUACGGAGAGCUGCAAGAACACAAGGCUCAGGCCUACCUGAAGGUCAACGCCAACAGCCACGCGCGCAGGAUGCAGGCCUUCGAAGCCUCGCCCAUGUGGCUGCAAGACAUGAAGCCUCGAAAGAAUGUCUCCGCAGCUGCCCCCAGCAGCAGCGUCCAAGGCUCUGCCAACCAGCGGACGGCCCCCACCUCCAGCCCUCAAGCGGUAGCCAAAAUCCCCAAACAAAGUCCACAAUCAGCAAAGAGCAAAUCGCCUGUAAAAUCUACGGAGCGGACAGCAAAGUUGACCCUAAACUCCAAGCACCACUCCGCACCCACUGUAGUCUAAUUGCCUACCCAAGGAGCGCCUGCUUCCGGAAGCAUAAACGAAGAGGCUUUCACACGCUUUGUUCAUAAUGUGUUCUUGGGCAAAUCAUUGAUCUUUUGUUUGGAGAGAAUUAGUGUGAAGCGAUAGGACAUUUUCCAAUAGCAAGAUCUAUUUUUUCCCUUUUCUUCUGGCUAUUUAAUCAUCUCAGGGGUUGGCCUGAACGUCAUCGGGAUAGUAAAUACUUACUAUGGAUACCACAGAUUUCCUACCAAAAGACCCAUUGUCUGCAGGAAGCAAAUGGAAGGGAAAAGACUACAGAACAUAAAAUAUCACCAGAUGAAACCCCGGUUUGGGGGGGCAACAACAAAAUUACCAACACUACGAGGCAACAAGGAGAACAUUAUUUUAAAUAAGAAAGAAUGAAAGAGAGAAUUUUUUUUCUAAUUUUUCCUUUUUCUUGGAUUUUCCUCCUUUUUCUUGAUUGUAGUUCCUGUUCAAUGGUGGCAAGUGCUGAUUACGGCCAAUCCCUGUCAAUCCUGGGAGGUUUAUAGAAAUACAUUUUGAGUGUUCUAUAUUUCAAUGUAUUUUAAUUCAUUUUGCAAUUCCUGUAUAUGCAAAUCUGACAAAUUCUGUAAAUUGCUUAUAGUAUGUGUGAUAUAACUUCAAAGUAGAUAGACUAUGACCUUCAUGCAAGCUGAUUUUUAUCAUUAUAUAUAUAAAUAUAUACAUAUAAAUAUCUAUAUGUUGGGUCAUCGGCCAACUUUUUUUUGAUAAACCAUUCGUUUCUCACCUAUGACUCGUAUGUUGUGGGAAUUUUGUAAUGCAUCAUUUCACUUCCACAGGUUUGGCAGCUGCGGGUGGUCUCUGUUGGCCCAUGCUUCUUUCUGGAAAAUGCGUAUUCAAAAUUGUAUUGGUCUCUGAUAAAUGAAUUAAUUCUGUUGUGUGUAUGCUUGUUGGAAUUUGCUACGUUUCUUUCUAUAUGACGUCUGUUGAGGUUCGAGGGUCUCUUGACUCUAAGGAAUGCACCCUCUCUGGUUUUGACCACAACCUUCAUAUCAUUAUCACCAUCAUCACCGUCAAAGAGCAGCAAUGCUCCUAGAGAAUUGGCCUUGGAGGUGAACUUGGGGAAGGUGAAGAGGCCGCCAUGAUUCCCUGGAUUCAUGGACAAGUGCUUCUUGCUGUGGCUAGCUAAACGUGUGCUUCCUGGGACCUUGAUGCAUUUUGGUUUUUGUUUUUUUUUGUAGCUUUGUCAUUCUGUUAUUUGCUCCUAAUUACAUCUUAAUGUCUCCUGAUUAAAAAUGAAAAUGUGGUUGUUGGCUAAAUAGAAUAUGCAAAAGACGAUUGCAAAUUUCUGAUUGAAGAAGAUCAUGCACUCAGUGUCCGCUAGUUAAGUGGAUUAUAAUUUUACAUGUUCCAUUCUUAUUUUGGGUUUUAUGACAAUUCAGGCUAUUUUCUAUAGAACCUGUGCUCUCCUCUGGCAAAGAAUGAUGGGACAGAACUUUGCGUGUCUUCCAUAGUCACUAUGGAAUCGAUGUGGGUUGAGACAGAAAUGACCUACGUUUCCCUUCCAGAGAGAUCCUUCCAUUUUCUUUCAUAACAAACCCAGGAGACCAUCAUCUUCCAGCCUAAGGUCCUAACCUGAAGCUUGAAGGCAAUGAAUACCUCUGCUUUUCAAAGGUAAAUGCAUCGAUUUUCUGCAACUUGAUUAUAGGCAAUGUGCAUAUUUUCAUAAUAUUCUUGACAUUAUCUUCUGAGAAUUAAUGUUUCAUGCUAAAUCUUUUAUUGACACUUUUCUUGUUCAUUUGG